UAAGUAUGUUUCAACUAUUGGUGGCGCUGUUUCGUAAUAUGCUCGAUUGAUUUGCGUUGCAGUCAGCGUCGGUUCUGCAUCUGCUACAACGUCAUGCCGCGCAGUAGAAGCCGCAGCCGUAGUCGAGGUCGCAGUGACCGCCGCGAGAAAGGGCGGAGCAGGAAAACUCGGGGAGGAUCUGUGUCUUCCAGCUCUGGGAGCAGCUCUGGAAGCUCUAGUUCCCGCAGCCGUUCCAGUUCCAGCGGGUCGUCCUCAAGUGGAUCAGGCAGCUCCCGCUCCAGCAGCAGUUCCUCCAGGUCCAGCAGCAGCAGUGGAAGCAGCAGCAGCUCAGCCAGCCGCCGCAGCAGCCCCCGCCGCAGCUCGGACAGGAAGGGGCGGGAGGACCGGAAGGGGCGAGAGCGGAAGAGCCGAACAAAGUCCAAAUCCCCACGGCGGCGUAAGCGCAGCCCCUCCCCCAAGCCAUGUAAGCUCCACAUCGGCCGGCUAACACGCAACGUCAACAAGGACCACCUGAUGGAGAUCUUCUCCAACUAUGGAGUGGUGCGCAGCGUGGACCUGCCCUGCGACCGGGUCAACACCCACCUGAAUCGCAGCUUCGCCUAUGUGGACUUCGAGAAGCACGACGAUGCUGAGAAAGCACUGAAGCACAUGGAUGGGGGCCAGAUCGAUGGGCAGGAAGUCACAGCCGCCUACGUUUUGGCCCCUAGGCCCCGCCCAGUGCGCCGUUCACCACCAAACCGUGGCAUGCCACCUUGGAGAAGGACGCCUCCCAGGUUCAGGGAUGACAGAAGACGAAGGCCGCCUCCUCCCAGGAAGCGAUCCCCAAGACCCCGUUCUAGAUCGCGGUCUCGUUCCCGCUCACCGAUACGCCGCCGCCGUCGCAGCCGGUCAAGCUCCAGUUCCUCCCGCUGAAGUCGUACUUCAUUCACAGUAAAUCCAGAAAACUGAAAGAGUGGAGCUAGCUUGAUCUGACAUAAGUCAACAGUAAGAGUAAAGGAUUUCUUGUUCAGCUUCCAAAUCUACCAGGUUGGACUGGUCUUCAGGGUUUGGAUUAUACAUUAGGGUAAGGAUCAGUUCUGUCACAGUUUUCACAGAGGGCAGGUUGAAUGGAGAGAAACACGACAUCUGCAAGGUUUUGGCCCCCGACAAAAAAAUGUGUUUGUUCUAUCACGAUUUCAGUACACCAACAUGUGUUUGUGCAUCUGUGGUUGAGCUGUCUGUACCCUGGCUUCAGUUAUUUUAAUUUUCUUUUCUGUUUUUGUGUUAAUUUUGAAUUUUGUGUAAAUAUUAUUGUCAGUGUUUAGUGUACUGUGAUUGUUUUUUAUGUAGAUUUGAAGACUUUUGGAUGUUGGUAAAAUAUGUGACUGCAUUUUCAGCUGUUUUCUUGCAAACAGUCACCUUUUUUAUUAUAACCAGAGACGAUCUCAUGUCAACCGAAUGAUUGAUUCAGCACAUCAUAUAGGGACUAAAAGGAGAGAACAUACCAAGAGAACUACCGGUACCUGUACAUGUAUUGACAAUCAUGUACAUUAGUUUAUUCAAGUCCUUGACGUUUAUUAUUUAAGACAUGGUUUGGCAUGGAAGAUUUAAAAAAAAAGCACUUCAACAGUUAAGUAGCCUCAAGGUUAAGAAAAAUACAGUAUUUCUCACUAGAUCAGCAUAUCAAAAGCAUAAUUGGCAUUAACAGGAAAAAGAAUCAUUCUUGAUUCUUGUCAUUCUUGAUGCCAGUUUGUUUCAGAAAUACAGGAGAUAAAGGCAUGUUACCAUCCACAUGAUUGUCUUAGAUACCUUUGGUUAAAUUUUACAGACUUCAAAAGUCCUAAAUUGAACAUAAUCACUUAAAAAUUCAUGGUAAAAUAGAAUUUGCACAGUUUAUAAAGUGUGGACAAUGGAAUGUACCAUUUCAUGAGUACCACAUAACAGUACAGACAAAUAAAAACCACAAUGAAGACUAAUAUCCCAGCACCAGUGAUGACAACAGAGUGGCCUCAUACAAAGCAACUUUAUGACUGGCCAUAAGUGCAAAAUAAUAAAUAUCUAAACAAAAUAUGUACAAUCUUUGUUUUUUUUUUCAGUUGAGGCAGUAUGACAAUAGAGUAAGGUUUGACACAACUUAAAGUUCCAUACUGCCUGUGGUAUUGUAAACAUUUGAGCUCCAUGUUACUGUAAUAAACCAUGAUUUUGAAAUCA